AUGGCUAAAUACUCUGAUAAAUACUGGGAACCGCUCACACAUAAAAAAAAGCUGCUUGCUCUGCCUAGCACUUUACACUCCCCGUGCGCCCGGGCUUUGCGCCGAGUCCUCGUGGCCCUGGAGUCGUGGAAAACUUCUCAACGUCGAGCGCCCUCCGCUCGCCCGGGGGACGCUGCAUAG